AUGACGUUAAAACAGCAGGUGCUUUUUGUAGGCAAGCCUAACACCAACACCGAAGCUUACAAAAAGUUUUCAGCCAACUUCGAAGUGAUUAACUACAAGAUCACAUCGAAAUCACAGUUGAUUGAAGACUUCGAAGGUAGAUUGAGAUACAUUGAGGCCAUAUAUGCUGGCUGGGGUGGUUUUGAUGGCGUGGGAGGGUUCCAGGGUGAAGUAUUGAGACAUUGCCCUCCCAAUGUAAAGGUAGUAGCUAUCUGCUCUAUUGGUCAUGAUGGUUAUGACACUGAGGGUAUGCUGAAGAGGGGUAUCACAUUGACGAAUGUCCCUUCGGUCAUUGCUUCAGAAGCUGUGGCAGACUUGGUGUUGUACAAUACCUUAUCCAGUUUCAGAAACUUCAAGAUGUUUGAAAAGAACUUGGGAGGAAAAUUGACCAAUACUGGUGCUUUGAGAACUGCUUUGGUUCGUGGUGAGUUUGAUCAGUUUAACGGAGUCCCCGUCAUCAAGCCCACUGUCGGUGGUGCCUUUGCAUCUUCUUGCUGCGGAAGAGAUAUCCUUUCUCCGAGGGGACACAAUGUAGUCAUUGUAGGCUUCGGUAGCAUUGGUAAGUUGAUCGGAGAGAGAUUAGCAUGUAUUGGAAUGAACAUCCACUAUGUUAAGAGAUCGAAGUUAUCAGAACAAGAAGAGGCUUCUUUGGGUUACAAGGUCACCUAUCACGCUACUUUGAAAGACACUAAGAACAUUGCUGACUUGGUGGUGAUUGCAUGUCCAGGCACUGCUCAUACCAGACACAUGGUCAAUGAAGAGAUGAUAAACGACUUUGCCAAACCUUUCAGAUUGAUUAACAUCGGAAGAGGCUACGUUGUAGACGAAAAGGCUCUUGUUAAUGGUUUACAAUCUGGCAAGAUUCUCUUUGCUGGUUUGGAUGUGUUUGAAAACGAACCUUCCAUCAACCCAGACUUGCUCAACAGACAAGAUGUUGUUCUCACACCACACAUUGGCUCUUCCACCACCGAGAACUUCAAUUAUACUGCCGCUGCUGCCAUGUUCAAUAUUGAGACGGUGUUGUACGACAGAGAAGACACAAUUACUAGAGUCAACUAA